GAUGCAGUUCAUAAAUGCAUAAAGAAAUACAGUGGAAACGCUUUAAAUACCAAUGUUAAUAAUGCAGCGCUAAAAUAGUUAAUGUUUUUAUAAAAAAUUUCAAAUUAAACUUAACCGUUUUAUGGUCACAAAAAUUAAAUAAAAUUCUGAUCGAUAAUAAAAAAAGCACCGAUGAAGGAAGAUGAGCUGUGAAAACAAUUUAUUCUUCAAACGAAAAGUGACUGAUGAACUAUUAUAUCGAAAAGGACCUUCACCUAUAAGCGACGAAGAACAGUUUAGUUAUUUGCAAACAGACAAAAUUGUUCCAUUAGGGCUAAGUGAAUCUUUUUUAACAAACGGGGAAAAAGAGGAAAAUGCCGGAAGUGAAGUCCUUAUUAUAUAUUUUGCAAAACUUGGUCAUUGUAGCGAUGAAAGUAUAACCUUGGAUUUAAAUUAUAUUAAAGUACUCAUUAAUAAUGGUGCAGAUGUAAACUAUUCCGACGAUUUUGGACAAACCGUAAUGCACGAAGCAGCCUUGAGGUGGCCUCUUGAAGUUGCGCAAUUUUUAUUUGAUCAUAAUGCAAACUUAAAUAAAACAGAUAACUAUGGUAGAACCCCUCUCCAUGUUGCAGCUUCUGUUAAUUACUCAGCAAUGGUAAAAUGGUUAGUUGAAAAUGGAGCUAAUAUUCAUGCCACAACAUUUAAUGAAAAUCAAACUCCACUUCAUUUUGCUUCAAAAUACAAUUCAGUUAAUUCAAUAGUUAGUUUACUUGAAUUGGGUGCUAAGGUUGAUGCUCAAGAUUAUAAAGAGAGAACACCUUUGUAUCUUGCUGCUGAGACAUGUUGUGAAGAAGCAUCACGUAUUCUUUUAGAACAUGGAGCACCAGCAGGAGUUUAUGAUGAUUCAGGAACGUCAUGUUUAUCACACUUGGUUGCAAAAAUGCCUAAUGUAGCUGUUGAGGCUUUAGAUCAAUUUCAGCAUGUCGAUAAGGCAAACAGAACAACUAAGUACUAUUUAAGUUACUUAGAGACCAAAAAAUGGAAAAAUAGUAGAAAACUGCUUAAAAAAAGUGUAAGAGUGGUUUUGGUCAGAGAACCUUUAGAGGACAUUGUAAAAAAUCAAGAUUCAUCAUUAAUUAUGCAUCCAGUUAUUCAACGGCUGAUUAAAAAAAAAACUCUUUUAUAUGGUCAGCAUAGUUUUAUUUUUGUACUUUUGAUCAACCUUUUGUUUACGACAAUUUGGACAGCACUGACUUUUACACUUCCGCAUUAUAAAUUUGAAAUUUCAACUGAUUUAAUAACUGUAGCUCCUGAAAUCUUACCCAAUAUCACCGUGUUGGCUGAUUUAACAUUUACUAAAUCAUAUGAUUCAACCAUAUCACUGGAUUCAACCAUAUCACUGGAUUCAACCAAUACAACUGCUUCAACCAUACAAAGCAUUUCACAAGUUGAAUUUUAUACUCCUUAUGAUAAACAGAGCUGGAGAUUUGUUUUAGAGUUCAUUGGAUUGCUACUAGCUAUCUACUUUUUUAUUCAGACAAAAGUUCAAUUUAAAAUGGCAACAGAAAGUUAUGCAGGUGUUAAGGCUUCUCGUUUGCAAGAGUUAAGUCGAGAUUUAAAUUUUUGCCAUCCUCGGUGGCCACAAGAACGAAAACUAAUUGAAGAAGAAAUUCGUAAUAUUAGCACAGAAACAAUGGGAUCGUUGUAUGAUGCAUGGAUUGUUUUUGAUAUGCUUUGUUACAUAGGACUUGCAUUUUUAUUGGUUACUAGAAUUAUUUUGAUUAGUUCUAAAGAAGUAGAUAAUACUUAUGAAACAACAUUACGAGCUCAUUAUUAUGCUUUUCCUGUUGUUCUUUUCAUAAUAUGGAUAAGAUUUAUGUCUUCUUUUAGACCUUUUUUUGCUAUUGGUCCAUUUAUUGCUAUGUUUGGAAGUGUUGCUGAAGAAACAGUGAAAUUUACAUUUUUAUUUAUGGAGUUUUUAAUACCUUAUGCAUGCACAGUAUGGAUUAUAUUUGGUGGACCUCGGUGGGAUGAUAAUAGUUAUGCUAAUUUUGAUGAUGUAAUGUUUCAACUUCUUCGAAUUACAAAUAGAGACAGUUUUUCAUACACAAAUCUCUAUACGCAUAAUGGAACAGUAAAUACAUCAGAAAAGGUGGUUGCCCAGAUAAUCUGUGGAUCGUUCUAUGCUUUUAUGUCUAUUACAUGCAUUAGUCUUUAUACUGGAAUUCUCUCACAGACUUUUACAAGAGUGUUUUCAAAUGCUGCAGCCACAGCUUACAUGUUGCAAGCAGAAGCCUUGAUUAUUGCAGAAAAAAAAUUAGGCAAAAAAAAAAAAAAAGAAGUUCAAAAUGCUAUAGCAAAUUACUGUUCUCCUGAGAUUGUAUUUGAACUUGAAGAUGAAGCUGAAGGCGCUUCCCAAGUAUUGGCUAUGCUUGAAAACAUUAGUAGGCAAUUAGAAUUUCUUCAAAAAGGUCAGGCUGAGUUGAAACAAAAAUCAGAUUAUAUAGAAGAGGAGGCAUCGUCAUUGCUUUGCGAAAAAGAUAAAAUUAUAGAUGAUUUAAGUGUUAGGAUCCAGGAUUUAAUGACAUCCUCCGAUACUUGACUUGAUAACAUCCUUCAGACUAAUCAAAAAAUUUUCUACUAUUUAAGUUGAUGAAAAAAAAUUUCGUACUUUAAUUAAUUUAGCUUUUUGCUUGUGGUUUAAUAACAAGUUCUACUUGUUCAUGGCUUAAUGAGAAGUUCUGAGGCUCAAUGAUAAGUUCUAGCUCAUGGCUUAAUGACUUUUUUAGUAAACUAAUCAUUAAACAGUCGUGAAUCGGCGACGAAUUUACUGCGUAAUUUGAUGGCUUAAAUUGAACAAAGAAGUUAUUGAGUUUUAUUAUAUAUAAUAUUUAUAAAUCAGUAUUCAAAAUGCAUUUUGAGCAAUACUAUUCCCAUUUCAGUGCUAUGUUACAAGACCAAUAGAUUUUCUUACAGUUUUUUUUAACAAUAGUAAAAAAAUAAUAAUUAUUAAUCUUAAUUUACAAAGCUAGUUGCGUCUAAACCUGAAGUACCUUAUAACGUAUACUUUAUAGAAAGUUUUUUAAACAUAAAUAUUAUGGAUAAGACUAAGACCGCGUGUGUACCAUUUUAAAGGUAUUAAAGUAUGUUUUUCUGCUUUCAAAAAAAAAAAAAAAUAAACUUUAUUUAAUUUUUUGAUCUAAAA